AUGAGCAAUAUGAAGCGAACAUGUGGAUUUGGCGAUGUGGAAGACGGUAGAUAUCGAGAUAGCGCCAUAGAGACUUGGGUUGCGGUGGGCGAUUGUUCGCUCGCGCUAGGGAUGAUGAAGGCGGCUAAACAUAGUUUUGAAUACGCCAUGAAGCACGACCCACUGAACAGCCGGGCGCUAGUGGGUUUGGCAUACUCGUUGCGAAUGAAGGACGGGAAGGUGAAAGAUGGCCAACAAACCAAAAAUGGAUCAGGGAGCCAGGAGGCGGCAGAUAGAUUGACCAUGGCACUAGAGAAAUAUCCGCAUGUUACCCAUACGGGGGAAGUGAUGCAGGAGUUGGGAGAGUGCUAUUUUUCUAUGGGCAUGGUGGAACAGGCACAUCUGGCAGUACAACGAGGCCUCCAGGCGGACGAAUCCCACACUGGGUUGUGGUUGCUUAAUGGAAAAGUUUUGCACCGGGCUGGUCGGAACGCCCAGGCAGUAGAUGGGUUGAGACGGUGCUUGAGUCUUUUGCCCCGGUCUUUGGAGACAUGCACUCGAGAUGAAAUCAAUGUAGCCCGAUUGGCGCACGCAGAGUUGGCAGCGAUUGCAACCACAGAGGGUAACAGCGAGGGGGCGGUGGCCGAGUUGGUAGCUGCAUUGUCGUUACCACCACCGCUGUUGGAUAAGGUGGACGAGCAUAUAGCAUUGUGGUGUGGAUUGGCUACCGCCAGGGAGCGGGCCAACGACUUGGUUGGUGCAUUGCAGACGUGCGACGAAGCAGAAAGGGUGGUGGGAAACUCACCUAGAAUAUUGUUGACCCAUGCCUACUUGUUACUCAGCACUGACGACCGCUAUGCGCACACUGCUAUCGACUUGUUGGAAAUGCUUGUCAAAUCGGAGGGUGAACACGCCCAGGCCAACGACGACGGCGAUUUUUUACCAUGGUAUCUAACGGGUAAAGCAUAUUCUAAAUUGGACUCGCCUCGGGCGGCGUACGAUUCGUACCAAGUAGCAUUUAGACGGGCCCCCAAGUCCCCUAUACCAUGGUUGGCGAUCGGCAAAUUGUAUUUGCAGUUGAAUCAAUUGCCAGACACGCUAGCGGCUUAUUCACAGGCAUUAAGGUUGCAGGUCGACGAAAAAUCGCCUGCCACCGCCACGGCAUGGGAUGGUCUCAGUUGUGUUUACGAGAGAUCCAAUGGCCAGUUAAUGGAUGCAGCAGAUGCUUGCAACCGUGCUGCAACUUGUUUCAAGCUUAUGGGUGACGCUGAUAGUGCCCAGUUCUUUGAAAACAGAACCAGGCAGUUACAAAUGGCAGCAAGCAGAGAGGGCCCGGUGCCUCCAUUACGAGAUGCUCCCGACGUACCAAAUUCACUCUUACGAGAACUUGUUGUGUUGUUACCUUCUGAAAGAAUUGCAUUUGUUCAGGGCACUGAAACGUCAUAUACUCAUCAACCACCCCAGCAAAAUGUCAAUUCUCCUCCUGCUCAACGGCAAAGACUGCAAACCCCUACAAAUGGUUCUGUACAAACACCGCAACCGCGUCCACUGCAACCAGUAGUACCACAACAUUAUCAAGUACAACAACCCUAUAAGCAGUUGCAUGACAAUUCCCCAAGACAAAAUUUAGCACCACCCCAUCAAAUGUGGUCUCCAAAUCAACAGCAGCAUCAGCAGAGACAGUAUACUCCUAAUAUUCCACCACCUGCUAUGGCUAAUCCAAAUCAAUAUCCGCAUUACUUUUAUCAGCAACCCCCUUCAAAUGGACUUCCUCCCGGUGCAAUGCCAGCUCAUAACCAACAGGUCUUGCAAAGGUCACCGUUGAACAAUCCUCAGAUGAUCCGCAAUGAUCUUCAACAACCAAUGGGCCCUAAUAUGGUGCCAGGCCCACCGCCACCGCCACCACCUCCGGGUUAUGCAUAUGGCCAAUAUAUGCCAAUGCAAGGAGCUAUGAAUUUCCCAUCCCCAGCAAAUAACUGGAGUAAAUGA